CUGAUAGAGUCGCGCGCCCUUAGCUGCACGCUCUCGCAGACGUGAAAGCUGUCGGCGAAGCGAGCGAUCGGCGCGGGACCCUGGUGGGCGGGCGGUACAGCCCAUGUCCAAGAUCUGGACCUGACCACCGAGGGUUCGAGUCCCGUCCCACCCAGUGGCUGAGCCGGGGGUGCUGGGGGUGUAUUGGUCGGAGGGAUCGGUCUUGCCGCAUCUCACCCGCUCUCUGAGCCCCUCCCGUGUGCCAGGCCCAGGACGAGGUGGCGGAGGUGGUUCUCUAGGUGUCCGAGACCAGGCUGCAGACGGACCGGACGAUGAGUGAUAAUCUCGACAACGAAGCCCAGGGUCCAGUGGAAGGCUCUGAACAGGACAGAAGUGCCCUGGUUAGCCCUGCAUUCCUGGCCCCCCAGGAAGAGAAGGAAGAAGAGAGGCCCCGGGCAGCUGCGGAGUUAGGGCCUCAGCCUGGUCCCUACAGCUAUAUCAGAGAUGACCUGUUCACGUCAGAGAUCUUCAAACUAGAACUGCAGAACGUACCCCGCCAUGCCAGCUUCAGUGAUGUCCGCCGCUUUCUGAGCCGCUUUGGCCUGCAGCCCCAUAAGACCAAGCUCUUUGGGCAACCCCCCUGUGCUUUUGUGACAUUCCGCAAUGCUGCUGAACGGGACAAAGCCCUUCGUGUGCUGCACGGUGCCCUCUGGAAGGGCCGGCCACUCAGUGUGCGCCUGGCUAGGCCCAAAGCUGACCCAAUGGCCAAGAAAAGGCGACUUGAGGAUGAGAGUGAGCCGCCAGCCACAUGCAUUGCUGAUGUAGUGACCCCUCUUUGGACUGUGCCCUACCCUGAGCAACUUGAGCGGAAGCGACUGGAAUGUGAGCAGGUGCUACAGAAGCUUGCCAAGGAAAUUGGAAACACUAAUCGGGCCCUGUUGCCUUGGCUGCUCUCGCAGAGACACAAGCACAACAAGGCCUGCUGCCCACUGGAAGGGGUCAGACCAUCACCCCAGCAGACCGAAUAUCGUAAUAAGUGUGAGUUUCUGGUUGGUGUUGGGGUGGAUGGGGAAGACAACACUGUUGGCUGCCGGCUUGGCAAGUACAAGGGUGGGACAUGUGCUGUGGCACCCCCUUUUGACACCAUGCACAUCCCCAAGACCACGAAGCAUGUGGUGAAGGCCUUCCAGGAAUUCAUCCGGUCCACUCCAUACUCGGCUUAUGACCCAGAGACAUAUUCGGGCCACUGGAAGCAACUCACUGUGCGCACCAGCCGCCGAGGGCAAGCCAUGGCCAUUGCCUACUUCCACCCCCAGAAACUGAGCUCUGAAGAAUUGACACAGCUGAAAGCUUCCUUAGUACAAUACUUUGUAACAGGGCCAGGCAAGGCCAGUGGGGUGACCUGCCUCUAUUUUGUGAAGGAAGGACAGCGAAAGACUCCCAGCCAGGAAGGCCUGCCCCUGGAGCACAUGACUGGGGACCGAUACAUCCAUGAGGAUCUUCUGGGGUUAACCUUCCAGAUCUCCCCUCACGCCUUCUUCCAGGUGAACACCCCGGCAGCUGAGGUACUGUACACAAUCAUCCAGGACUGGGCCCAGUUGGACACAGAGAGCACAGUACUGGACGUGUGUUGUGGCACUGGCACCAUUGGCCUGGCCCUGGCCCCGAAGGUAAAGAGUGUCGUGGGGAUUGAACUGUGCCAGGAAGCUGUGGAGGAUGCCCGGAUCAAUGCCCACAACAAUGAGCUGAGUAAUGUGGAGUUCCACUGCGGGAGGGCAGAGGAGCUGGUACCUGCCCUGGUGAGCAGACUGGCUUCCCAGCAGCUUGUAGCCAUCCUGGACCCUCCCCGUGCCGGUCUGCAUUCCAAAGUGAUCCUUGCCGUCCGCAGAGCUGAGAACCUCAAGCGGCUGCUGUAUGUUUCCUGUAACCCCCGAGCAGCCAUGGGCAACUUCGUGGACCUCUGCAGGGCUCCUUCAAACCGGGUGAAAGGCACCCCUUUCAGGCCAGUCAAGGCUGUGGCAGUGGACCUGUUCCCGCAGACCCCGCAUUGCGAGAUGCUCAUCUUGUUUGAAAGGGCAGAGCACCCCAAUGGUGCAGGGGUCCUGGUAACUCCAGUCCAGCCCUCAAAAGGGCCCCAAGAUAACACCCUGCAGGAAACUGUGACCUCCGCCUCUUCCCUUCCCCAACAGCAGGAAGAACAUUAAAGCAAAGCCUGCUCUGCAUUAUAGGAACAGGCCAAGGGACUCCCUGACUGCUUGCAUGGCUCCAGGAUGCUCGGAGGACAUGAGACUUGUCCAGGAGCCCAUCUAUGUGGGCUCCUAGAGCCUGCCACCUUCCCCAGCCGCCCAUGUUUUUUUGACCAGCUGGGCCACAUGGGCCAGAAUAAACAAUUACUGAACUACCAUUCUGUCUGUGAUGAGAGCCCAGAAUGUUAGCAUAUAGGCUCCUCUCUGGCCCCCACUACAGCACCAGAGGUGAUGGGGGCAUUUCAUGCACACUGUGGGGGUGGGCACAACUCUGAAUCUUGGGUUCCAAACACCCUGCUGGCCUGGGAAUAGCCAAGAAUCAGCUCAAUUAGGCUGGGUGUCAGGGCAGCUCUCCCAGCCCUUCUUGGGGGCCAGAAGUGGUGGUGGUUUAAUAGAAUGUCAGGUUUUAUAUGUAACUCCAAGCAAUCUGAGAUGUGGGUGUCAACAUGUGGGGUAAGUCAUAAGGCAAGGGGCUGCCCUGCCUACCUUCCUCACCAUAGGGUAUAGUUCUCUGCACUGAGUAGACUUUGACUUCAUUCUAUCUCCAACCUGAGCGCCCACCCAACCCUACCUCCCACAGAAGAAAAAAACACCAGCCAUUCCCUCUUCGACAAUUUUGCUUUAUGUGUCCAUCAAGACUCACCCAAAACAACCUUGGCCCAGCUGCUGCCUGGGAAGUACAUGACAGGCUGUGGUUGCACAGAGGUGGUGUCAGCCCAGGCUCUGCCUGCCCUCUCCCCCACAAGGUGGCUGUGUGCAUACAACACUCACACCCACACAUGGGCCAGAGGGAAAAAAGGACACAGGUGUCUACAGCAAGACCCACAGGCCUCUAGUAACACAUCCACAAAGCUUUGGUUCCUGAUAGCACAUCUGGCUGUUUUAAGGGCAAACAGUCACGGUCAGAUGAUUAUUCAUAGCAGCAGACAGGAGGCAAGACAGAAGCAGUGUCUAAUUACAGCAACUUGAUUUAAGCAUUUUGUUUUCUAAAGGUCAACACAGAAGCCAACCUUGGUCAUACAGGUGGUGAGGGAGGGAUAUGCCCUGAUUGGCAUUCCAUCUUCCUGGAAACAAACACCAUCCACAGGAGACAGACACACCUGUGAAACGUAACAGUGCCACAAACACAUGGCACCAGGGACAGGGAGCCAAUGCUGACCACCACCUCACCUUUGGGAGCAACACAGGUUCCCAAGCACAGCCACAUCCCUGGGACUCAACAGGGACACACUGUCCCCUGCACCUUUCCACAGGGGUCAAGACAGGAACAAGAAUGCUGGUCAGAAGAGAGGGUCACUGAGCUUGGCUGCAUGGGGCACUGCCCCUGAAACCCAGUGAAGCCAUCCCAGGAGCAGGACAGCUGCACUGCACAAGCACGAUAGCUGAAGAGGUUUAUGAUCAAGGACAGAUUGCACUGAAGGUGGUUGUUUCCAAAUAAGUCCACGUGCUAAGAUGCACUAAUCAUUUAUAACUGCUACGUGAUUCCAAAUCUAUCUUCUACUUUCACUGCAAAAGUUUCUUUCCAAAUGCUAAAAUAUCAUAAAAGCUUUAAAAAUUGAUGGGCGGACAGAUGAACUUGACUGCAAAAAGUUUUUAGUAAAAAGUUGCUGGAGGCCAGGGAAGAUCAAGGUCCUCAGUUUCUAA